AUGGCAUCCUCAUGGCUUCAGUCGAUGAAUAUGGCCACUGGUUGGGUGGUAAUGGUACUGUUUGUACAGACUUGUUUCGUUCUCGGCACUGUUACGUCGGUCGGUGUCUUCUUCUCAGAGUUCAAAGACACCUUGGGGAUAUCAUCUGCAGACAUUGGCAUAUCGCUGGGUCUAUUCAAUGCGUUCACGUUCGGACCGGGACCGGUAGUGGCAAGUCUUUACAGCUACGCAUGGUUAAGACGCCCUCUACUCAUCACAGGAUCUGUUUUAGCACCGUUGGGUCUUCUUCUAAGUUCCACAGUGACCAAUAACAUUGAACUGGCUGUCUGUCUAUCCUUUGCAGGUCUAGGUGGGAAUAUUCUAUCUCAGUGUCUGGUGAUCUGCUUGGACGUACACGCCCAUGACCAUUUCCACACCCUCUUUGGAAUCAGCAAGUCAGGUUAUGCCUUUGGGAUGCUGAUUAGUCCUUUACUUGCAGCCUGCCUGAUGGACGUCUAUGGCUGGAGGGGCGCCAUGCUGAUCAUGGGAGCGGUCACCUCUAAUAUCAUACCUCUCACCAUGAUGGUAGAUACAACUAUUCGUGACAAGUCAAAAACGGAAGGACAUUCGGAUUCAUCCAAAUCGCAGAACCACUCUGAAGAAACAUCUUUAGAGGAUACGGACAUGAUUGACGGCUUGAUUAAGAAAUGUCCAUCAGAAGUGACAAAUACCGUAGAGGAACACCAUCAAAGGCAGUUUUCUGAGGCAGUUCAACCUGAUGACAAAGAACUCUAUGGAACAUUGUGUCGACACCCAUGA